AAACACUCAGCUCUGUGUGUGAGGUGUGAGGAGAGUUUUAGUUCGCAUGCAGGUAGAUGGAAACAGGUUUACAGUGUAGAUGUGUUAAAUGAGGCUGCUGAGUGUAGUGAACAUACACAGGAUUACCAGUAAAAGAAUAGUGUGAUUGUGAGUUUGAGAGCGGGGAAGUUUGAAGGUGUUACAUCGGCUCUUCACUCUGCUGAUGAAUGAACGGCAUGUCGCGGAGAAAGCAGGCGAAGCCGCAGUGUGUCCACAUGGAUCCUCCUCUACACUCAGAUAAUGCAGACUUCCAUAUAAACGAUAGCAGCUCUCAGGCUUGUGAUGUCCAUGUGUGUGAGAAUUGCUGCGCCGAGUUUUUAAGCAUCUCAGAUCUCCAUGAGCAUCAGAUGAGUUGCUCUAAAUAUCCACUAGUUCUAAUAGUGAGUGAAAAUGGAAGUUCGACUUCUCCGUCUUCAUCUUUCACGUUUAAUUCACCUACUCACAGUACAGAGGACCUAACAACGAACAGCAUCAGUACUGAAGAUACUGAAGGAUUAUAUGACAAAAUACUUGAAGAAAACAGAAAAUCAUCACCUGUGUCUGACACCAACAGCGACAAUGCCAGUCAUUUCCAAUCAGAUAAUGAGAACAAUAUAGAAAAUCAGAGUACAUGCAUUGCCACUCUAACUUCAGAGUACUCAACAGUUCUGCCUCAACCAGACUCUUUACCUGAACUGAGUAAAUUGUCCUCCACCAGCAGCAAUGUUGUCAUUGAGAAUUUAGAAAGUACAAAAGUGGCUGUGGCUCAGUUCUCUCAGGAUGUAUGUUUGGAUGCAGUGGUUAACAACAGUAGCCCUACCAACAGCAACAUGACCACAAUGAGUCUGAUUGAGCAACUUGUUGCUGUGCAGCAACAGCAGAUGCAGCAGCUGAAGCUCAUUGAGCAAAUUCGACAGCAUGUAUUACUGUUAUCAGCCCAUAAUACAAACGCAUCUGCACCCUCCAGCACCUGUCAAGGUGCAUCAGAGAUUUCUCAGACCGGCCCUCUAAUAACACUUAGCUCACAUCUCUCCCAGCAGCUAGCGGCAGCUGCAGGGCUAGCACAAAGCCUGGUGAGUCAGUCUGCCGGCAUUAGCAAAAUCAGACAACUUAAGCGUGCAGUAUUAUCCAACAACCAUGAUAGCACAGCACUUUUGAGUGUCAGAGAUAUCACUCAAAUGGCAGAUACAGAAAGAAGCAAACUUGGCAUGCAUCCAUCUGAAAAACAAUCUGACCAUGACAAUACAUUUUCUAGACAGCAGAGUGGCACAAGUCAUUCACCUUCCCCUGUUUCAGCUGAUAGCACAGCAAAUUUAACAAAUAAUCUCAGUCUACCUCAUAGUCCUACUGGAAAUUACAUCUUUGAAAACUUAUUGCCAAGGUUUGGGGCAAUUGUUGAGGACUUGAAUGCCUUGACUGCUUUAGCUCAGCAAAGGAAGGGCAAACUGCCCAAUAUGACUUCAUUUGGACACAAAAGGCCUUUUGAUGAAGGUUUGUUUAAACACAAAUGCAGAUUUUGUGCCAAGGUAUUUGGAAGUGACAGUGCUUUACGGAUACACUUACGAUCCCACACAGGAGAGAGACCAUACAAAUGCAACAUAUGUGGGAAUCGCUUUUCAACGAGGGGAAACCUGAAAGUUCACUUCCAGCGUCAUAAAGAAAAAUAUCCAAACGUACAAAUGAAUCCUUAUCCAGUUCCAGAGCACUUAGACAAUGUUCCAACAAGUACCGGCAUCCCAUAUGGUAUGUCCAUACUGCCAGAUAAGCCUGCGUCCAAGUGGUUAGACAGCAAACCAUCUGUGACCAGCCUACCUGGUUUGUUGUUAACUUCAUCUUUGCCAAGUCUUCCAAGCAUAAUUAAAAGAGAGGCACAAGUGGUAUCAGUUGGCAGACCUUCUAGUCCUGCCGCUAGUGGUUUAAAUGGGUUUGAGAAGUUUGAAAGUGGAAACAACAAUAAAGAGGAAUCCAGCAAUGAUAAUUUUCCAACAUUAAAUGGAAAAUAUAAAGAACUAAAAUACCUGAGCACUCAAACAUAUUUAAACUCCUCUGGAAAUGGUUCGGAAGACCACACCACUAAUGACAAUGCUUCUAACCAUACAAAUUCAUCGAUCCCACUCCUGCACGAGGAUAUCGAACCAUUUGGGGGUCUACCAGAUUGUAUGGACACUUCAGAAACCACCAAGCUGCAGCAAUUGGUCGAGAACAUAGACAAGAAAAGCACAGACCCCAAUGAAUGCAUGAUCUGUCAUCGUGUACUUAGUUGCCAGAGCGCCCUCAAAAUGCACUACCGCACCCAUACAGGCGAGAGACCGUUCAAGUGCAAGAUAUGUGGACGGGCAUUCACAACCAAAGGUAACCUCAAAACACACUAUAGCAUCCAUUGUGCCAUGCCACCUUUGAAAGUGCAGCAUUCAUGCCCUAUUUGCCAAGAAAAGUACACAAAUGCCAUGGUUUUACAACAGCACAUUCGCAUGCACAUGGUUAGACAAAUCACCAGUGCUACCCUCCCAGAAAGUUACCAAGAAUCAGUAGAACCUGAUACAUGCUCAGUAGAAGAGAAGAACCUGGAUGAGAACCUUUCAGAUGAGAACAUGGAAAUAACAGAGAGUUUUCCAGACUCUAAAGAUGCAGCAUCUUCCCAGGACACUCUAUCUUCAUUUCCUACAUCAUCACAUGCUAUAAAGACAUCUGGGGCAGAGAAAAUAAUACAAGAGAAGGAUUUACUAAUUGGCAAGGUAGAGAAUGUGUCAACAGAGGGAGAUUAUUCAUCUCUCAAGUCAUAUCUUGGUAAUAAUGACCAUGCUAGCCAACGAUCUCGGAGCCCUGCUUGUCCUGAAAUUGCAUAUUCUUGGGACUCUUUUCCUGAAAAGAUGAACAAUUAUAGAUCUCUUACAUUUGAGACUCACCAGAAAACAUCAAAGGCAGAGCUGACUAGCACAGGUCUCUUACAGCCAAAUUUGUCAUUUAAUUCAACACCUGCUGAUAUCCUAAAAGGAGGAAUGACCAUUAAGUUUCCUUCAGGUGAACAGGGAACCUCGAGGAACAAUGCAUGUGAUGUCUGCAACAAGACAUUUGCCUGUCAGAGUGCCUUGGACAUUCACUAUCGCAGUCAUACCAAAGAGCGACCGUUCAUAUGCACUGCAUGUAACAAGGGGUUUUCCACCAAAGGGAACCUAAAACAGCACAUGCUCACCCACCAGCUGCAAGAUCUACCUUUACAGUUAUCUGAACAAGCCAGUGAGAAUCUUGUUUCUCCACCAAAUCAACCUCAUGUCUCUAUGGGCCACUUAGUUUGCUCAAAAGUCAAGACUGAAGUCAAGAGCAUCUUAAAUAAAGAUGGCAAAGAUGCAGUAUUAGGUAUGAUGACCUCCUCAGCUCCUUCGCUGACAGUUCUUUCAGCACCACUAGCUCCAUCCCGGAAAACCUUCAAACAGCAUUUCUGCCGCACUUGUGGAAAGACAUUCUCUUCCUCCAGUGCUCUGCAAAUUCAUGAGAGGACCCACACUGGAGAGAAGCCUUUUGCCUGCACUGUAUGUGGACGUGCAUUCACCACCAAAGGAAAUCUGAAGGUUCAUAUGGGAACCCAUAUGUGGAACGGUUCUCCAGCCCGCCGAGGUCGCAAGCUCUCAGUAGAAGGUCCUUUUACUGUCCUUAAAUCCAAUCCUGUGAAAAUUCCAGACACUCUCCAGAAAGAAACUGUCAGUAACAGCGAGUCUGUUGGCUUCUGGAAUCAGUAUGUCACAGCACCUCUCACUACCGGCUUGGCGUUGAAAACCAACGAGAUCUCGGUGAUUCAGAAUGGAAGUAUUCCACAAGUGUCCCUUUCUGAUGGACGUGGAGGAAACUCACCUAUUGGUGGACUCACAGCAAGUCUAGAAAAAACGCAUAAUAUAGAAAUCAAAAGAGAUAGUCCUUGGAUUGAGAGGCUUGGUGAGAAUGGGUCAUGUUUUCACAUUACACCAUUUAUUGAGGAGAGUAAAACGGAUUAAUAUUUCUUGAAUCUCUCUUCUGAGAAUAAAACGUUAGUUACCUGAUUACAAUAUGUAUUCAAUUAUGAAUACAUAUUCUGCAUUUUCAAAAUGUUCAAGCAUUUACUCUAUGUUAUGAUUUUUGCUUUUUUCUUCUAUUUGUUAAAUGUUUUUAAACUUGGACACUGAUUUGUAGGUAUUUUGUCAUUACAUACUCAGACACUGUUUCACAUCAAUCGGCUGUAUGUUUUUUUUAAUAGAUUUUAUACAUUUAAACAAUUUUGUGACUAUUUUUAUUUUAUUUUAAUAACAUUCUUAAAUUUUUGUUAUGGAUAUUAUUUAUUAUUAUUGAUAUGUAGAGUUUGGUAUUGUUAUUAUUUUUUAAUUUUUAAAUAGGUAGGCCCAAUAAGUGUUUAACAUAUUCACAAAGUAAGAGGGCUUAUUAUUAUUAUUAUUAUUAUUAUUAUUAUUUAGUAUUAAAAGUAUUAAUUGUGUUUAUAUUUUACAAAUUUGAUCCACAUUUGAUUAUGCAACAGUUUACAUUUUGUUUUUUUAUAUAUAUAUUUACUGUGAACAAAAUUUGAUAAAUUUGGUGCUACAGCAGGUUUUUGCAAAUUGUGUGUGUGUGUAUGUGUGUGAGAGAGAGAGACAGAGAGAGAGAGAGAGAGAGAGAGAGAGAGAGAGAUUUAAUAUUAUUAUGAUAUUACAUGUCAGAAUGUAUGAAGUGGGUAAUCAAGUUUCUAUUUAAUAUAUAUGAUUGCUAGGAGGGUUUGGUUUUCUAUAUGUUAAAGCCAACUUUCUAUCUGUUUCUGUACAAUUCCGUGUGUGUUAUAUGCUUUUAUGAAGAAUAACGCUUAACAGCUUUAACAUAAUACUGCCAGUGUUUCCACCUGCACAACAAAAGUCAUGCCCUUUCACUUGUGAUAUAAAUCUGGGUCACUUUGUCCUCUGAAUUUACAUUUCAAUAAACCCACUAAUAAUAACA